AUUUUAGUCGGCGUAGAUAUUUGCAGACAAUUUCUUAUAUUUAUUAUUCGGUGUUUAGAUUUUUUUGCAAAAUAUUUUCAAAUAAUUAAUAAAAGUGGCCGGCUGUUGUGAAUAAAUUAAUGAAAAGCAAUCCAUUAAAAUAGCAAUAAACGAAAGUUUUAUUAAAUAAAAAACAAAGUGGUAAACAAUUAUAAAACCAACAGAAAUCUAUGAGAUACUCAUUCUCAACAAGUGAUAAAAAAAACAUUUAACAUAAAAAGAAUUUGAACUAAAUUAAAUUAUAAAAAAUUAUACAAAAAUUGAAUUGUGUGUGUAAUAAAACGUUAUAAAAUAAUUGUUGACAUUAUGAGUGACCGUGAAUUAAGUUGUAGUAAUACUGCGGGACAAUUUAUGGAUCGUGGCCGUAUGAAUCAAAAUGGUGUAGUGCAACCACUAUUAACAGAUUUAUAUCAAAUAACUAUGGCUUAUGCCUAUUGGAAAUCUGGCAAAACAGACGAUCAUGCAGUGUUUGAUCUAUUCUUUCGCACAAAUCCAUUCCAUGGUGAAUUUACCAUAUUUGCUGGCCUCGAUGAAUGCAUGAAAUUUUUGGACAGUUUUCAUUAUAGUGAAAGUGAUAUCGAAUAUCUACGUCAAACCCUGCCCGAGGGUACAGAAAAUGAUUUCUUUGAUUAUUUGGGUAAUUUGACGGCAAAAGAUGUUACACUGUAUGCCAUUGAUGAAGGUACCGUAGCAUUUCCCCGUGUACCCAUUAUUAAAGUUGAGGGACCCUUAAUUAUAGUACAAUUAUUAGAGACAACUCUAUUGACUUUAGUGAAUUAUGCAAGUUUAAUGGCCACAAAUGCUGCUCGUUAUCGCAUGGUUGCUGGCAAACAUGUUAAUCUUUUAGAAUUUGGUUUACGGCGAGCUCAGGGUCCAGAUGGUGGUUUAUCUGCGUCGAAAUAUUCUUAUAUUGGCGGUUUCGAUGGUACUUCUAAUGUAUUGGCAGGCAAAUUGUUUAAUAUUCCUGUUAAAGGCACACAUGCUCAUGCUUACAUUACCUCAUUUUCGGGUAUUGGUGAAUUGAAAACACGUCUUUUAAAACACAAAGUCACAGGUGUCACUGGCGAUUUACUGGAACAUGCCGUCAAGCAUCGUCAAUCGCUGGCUUCGGUUUUAGACGUUUCAAUGGAAGAGUCAUCGGAGGGUGAACUGGCAGCCAUGGUCUCAUACGCCAUAGCAUUUCCUGAUGGUUUCAUGGCUUUAGUCGAUACGUAUGAUGUUAAGAGCCCUAAAAGCAAAACACAAGAAUUAAACCAUAUAAAGCCAGGUAUCAAUUCCAAAACCUCAACAAAUGUUAUGAAAACUAAGAAUUCCUCAAAUUCUAACAAACAACAACAACAUGAAAAUGGUUUUACAAACUCCUCUCAAAUGAAUGGCAAAAUAUCAACGCAUCAGCCUUCAAAUGGAAAAAAGUGUUUAGAACAAAAACAUGUAAAUGGUCAAACUGUUUCGAAUGCUUUAACAAAUGGCUCGCAUAAGAACAACGCCAAUAAAGCCUGCAACACCACAAACAUAACGAAUAAUAAACAUUCAGUGGAAUUAAAUUCAUUAUCAUCACCGUCAUCGUCAUUUUUAACGCCCCAAGCUUAUCUGCCAAAAUACGUCGAGAAGUCAUUCAGGAGUGGUUUACUUAAUUUCUGUGCUGUCGCUUUGGGUCUCAAUGACUUGGGUUAUCGUGCUGUUGGCAUACGUAUUGAUUCGGGCGAUUUAGCCUAUUUAUCCUGUAUGGCUCGUGAAUCGUUUGAACGUGUAGCGGAACGUUUUAAAGUACCAUGGUUUAAUAAGCUUACAAUUGUGGCCUCGAAUGAUAUCAAUGAGGAUACAAUAUUGAGUUUAAAUGAACAGGGACAUAAGAUUGAUUGUUUUGGCAUUGGUACACAUUUGGUUACCUGCCAAAGACAACCCGCUUUAGGUUGUGUUUAUAAACUGGUUGAAAUCAAUGGUCAGCCACGUAUCAAACUAAGUCAAGAUGUAGAGAAGGUUACCAUGCCAGGCCAUAAAAAUGCCUAUAGAUUAUAUAGCGCUGAUGGUCAUGCUUUAAUUGAUCUAUUGCAAAAAGUCACUGAACCCCCACCAGCUGUGGGACAAAAAGUUCUAUGUCGUCAUCCUUUCCAAGAAUCGAAACGUGCUUAUGUCAUUCCAACCCAUGUUGAAUCAUUGUACAAAAUCUAUUGGCAAAAUGGUAAAAUCUGUCAACAAUUACCAACCUUGGAACAAGUGCGUGAACGUGUACAAAUGUCACUGAAAACCUUAAGAAACGAUCAUAAACGCACUUUAAAUCCCACACCGUACAAGGUAAAUGUCUCGGUCAGCGAUAAUUUGUACAAUUUCAUACACGAUCUGUGGCUACAAAAUGCUCCCAUUGGUGAACUCUCAUGAUCUAUAUAAAAAAGUAAUACAAACAGGACGAAUUUUUAAUUCAUUCACUACUUUUGAAUUCCUAAGAAUUAAGUAGUACAGAAACUUGCUGGACAUGUAAAAGGAUUUUUAUUUAUAUAUUUAAUUUCUAUUAUCAUUUUGCAAUAUUUACCUUUAAAAUACAAUAUCUUAAUUAAAGUUAUUAAAAUCAAAUUUAUUAUUAUUGUUAAAAAUUAUUAGUUUUCUCUUUAGUUUUCCCAUAAUCUUAAAGAGAUCUUUAGUAAAUCUUUUUUUUUUUCUUAACUAUAGUUUGUUAAAGACAACAAAUUAAUGUAAUAAUUAUAACGUAUUUUUUUAGUUUUAAGUUUAAAUUUUAAUAUUAAAAUAGAGAAACAAAAGAACAACAACAAUCCUUAAGCACAAUUUAAUAAAUUACUUAAACAAAACAAAAAAAAAAAGACACCAAAUAAAAAAAGAA